UUCAAGUGAGAAAACCCUGAAGUGUGAAAUGAAGAGGAUCAGAGUUUUAUAAAAGUGGAAUGGAAACUAGACCAGUCAUCUGUCACGAGGUGGAAAUAAUAACUCAUCUUGUUGGUUUAUCUUUUCUUUGCAAGCUGGGCUCUGACAGAUGAAAUGGGGGCACCAAGAUGGACUCUGGUGUUUUUCUGCAUUUGUUUAAAAGCGUUUGAAACCAAAGCCUCAGCUUGGACAGCCACAUUGCCAUCCUCAGUUCAAGGUCUCAGAGGGUCGUGUGUGGUGAUCCCAUGCACAUUUUCGUAUCCAUAUCCAUCAAAAACGCCCCCUGUAUUCACAGGAAUUUGGAUGGACAACAACGGCAUCAUCUUUCAUCCGAUAGAGUCUCAAAUUCAGCAGGGGUACCGAAGUCGGACAAAGCUGCUGGGAGAGGUUGCAAACAAGAACUGUUCUUUGAAGAUCGAUCCCCUUCAACUGAACGACAACGGACCGUUUUAUUUCAGGAUUGAAAUAAAAGAUUAUGACCAAUACUCCUACAGGGGACACAUGGUCAAGAUUACAGUCAUGAACGAGCCUGAUCCUAUCCAGUUAUUAGUGAAAGAGGAGAUUAAGGAGAAAGAGGCCGCGUCUGCAUCCUGCUCCGUGUCUUACUCCUGCCCCGACACUCCUCCUAUCUUCACAUGGAGUCAUUCUGGCGAGGAGGUUCAUCGGUCCCAACAGCUUAAUGAUCAUCAGUUGCAGGUCACGUCAACUCUGACCUUUCACCCGAGGCCCCCUGACCACAACCAGCCUUUAUGGUGUAACGUCACACACCAGGGAGGACAAAAACAAAACAUGUUCAAGAUCCUUCACGUAAAAUAUGCUCCAGUGAACGUGAAGGUUGAAUAUGAGUCAGACGUGGAGGAGGGCCGAACUGUGGGACUGACUUGUUCCAGCGAUGCUAACCCUCCUGCCAGCAGCUACGAGUGGCAGAACGAAACUGGUGAGCAGAUCCAUCAGGGAAACCUCUACGUAGUUCAGAGUGUGUCCAGACACUUAGGAGCUCUGUUCUGCACUGCCAUCAACGACGAGGGGCGAGCCACCUCCCGACCUGUGAGGUUCAAUGUGUCAUAUGCUCCAGAGAUUAAAGCUGAGUCUUCCUGCUCCUCGGAGGACCUUUGGGUAACGUGUGAGUGUAUCGUGGACUCCAAUCCUCCCAGCAGAGUCACCUUUAAGCUGGGUGACAAGAUCCUGAUUGGCAACAACAGACAGGGCGACGGUUCUUACACCUUCAGGGCUCUGCAGACCGAGAUCGAGUCCUUAAAGUUUGUGCUCUGUUGGGCAAACAACACGAUGGGAAGUUCGAACCUCCAGCUUCCGUUUCCUGCAGAUUGGACAGGGAUGGUUCUCAUUAUUUACGUUGCUGCUGGAGCAGGAGCGCUCUCGCUGGUGGUUUUAAUAGCAGUGGGAGUUUUUAUCAAAUGGCUCCAAUAUCACGUUUUUGAGGCCAAAUGGGAGGUGGCCACCACCGCCAUUUUCACCGUGUCACAGGUUCCGUCAAGCCCAGACAAUUCCACAAAAGGGAAGAGAGGAGGAGCUGAGGGUGGGGCUGUAAGGCUGGGAUCAACUGACGACACACGGUCGAACUAGCUACAAGCUAACCUGAAGCUAACCCAAUGCUAACGCGGAGGUGGGAGCUAAGCUAACGGCGGUAGCAACCUAGCUACAACCGGAGUUAACUGUGUACAACACCAGAGCUUCUGAGUCAGAGAUACGCCGGGCUGACCGCUGGGUAAAACCGGGUGGAACACAGAGGUCUCCGAGAGCUCCACAAGCCGGCAGCCGCACAGCAGACAAGCGCCUCUGCAAUCUGAGAUGUGCAGAGCUGCCGCUGGGGAGAACCGGGUGGAAAGGUUUCCAUCCCAGAGCUCCACAAGCCGGCAGCCCGCACAUCAAACAGAAGCCGCGAUUAGACAGAGAUGCGCCGAGCUGCAGGGAGAAACAGCCGGCGGCAUUCCGCGCAGCAAACAGAAGCCGCGAAGCCAGGAGAGAAACGGGUGGAAAACAUCGGUCUCCCGAGAGCUCCACAAGCCGAUAGUCGGAACCCAGCUCCACCAACAUGUUAUAUUUCAACCCAUUUUCUAAAGUGCAGCAUUAUGUUAAAUGCACUGGAUUUUACCCUAUUACAUUUAAAUUUCAUGGUUAAACAGUACAUGUUAAAAUCUAAGCUCAGCUCGGCAGUGACCUAAAAUACAUAAAUAUAAUUUUACUUACCGAAAAAAAUGAAGUGGAGACUCCUUGGACGCUCUAUUAGUGCAAUUAAUGUCACAGCAAGUCAUUUUGUCCAACAAUUGCACUAAAAAUAUCCAAAACAGAAUACACAAACACAGAGGCUCAAAAUGCCGGAGCAGUUUCCAAGCCAGACCAAGGCUCUACUUAGGCCUUUCCACGGAGCUAGCUCUGUGGUCACGUGGGUCUGAGGUGGUGUGUCGGAUGCUCAUUAAUUAUACAGAAUUUUAGGCUUUUAAUACAUUUAAACAGAAGAGUGAGAAAAAAAAUCACCCCCCUCAGAGUUGUCAUGAGUGUAAACUAGAUAAUUUAAACAAAAAACAUGUUUUGGUACCAGGCUGUAGACAUGUUUAUUUCUGCUGUGAAAUUGGUAUUUUUAACAUGGGAGUCAAUGAGGAUUUGCUCGCUUCUGACACCAGCCCCUAGUGGAUGAGGGUGGAACUGCACUUUUUGGUACUUCCGGGUUUGACUCAAUUUUAGAGCUCCAUUGUGGGGGCUUGAUUCCCUCUGAGCUAAAAUAAAAUGUUUUGUCAUUCUUUCAUAUUCUAUGAUUGAAACACAAAAGAUCAUUUUUAACUAAACUGUAUUUAACAGUAAUCAAAAUUUAAACCCACCACGGUAAAUAAAUGAUGUUUCAGUAAUUCUUUCCGCCAGAUAUUUGUUCCAGGUCCUGCUUUUGUUGUCGGGGUGUAAAGCAUUAAGCCUCACUUUUUUAGAUGUUUUCACAAGAAAUUUUGUUUUUAAACAGGCAGUGAGGGACAUUUUAUUGCAAGUAUGCUUUUUAUAGGUAUGUAAGAAAAUAUUGAUAUGGCAAUUUAUCGUGAUAUUUUUUCCUGCGAUAUUACAUCGAUAUUCAAAAGCUGUGUAUCAAAAUUUUUGGAAGAAUUUAUAUGCAAACAUUUGUGUAUUUUAUUUUCUUUGGUGCAAUUCAAACGCUGACCACUAGUUGACAGCUGUGUGCAAUGGGUUUUGUUUCCACCAUUGAAAUGUAAAUCCCUCUGUUAUGUAUAAGAUACCUCGUGUUAAACAUGUUACGUAUCAGUUUGGACUCUUUAUUGAAAUUUUCUACAGUAAAUUCAGUCUAAAAAAAUUGCUAAUUUUGUCUGACUGAAUGUAUCGCAAUCAAUGGUGAUGUAUCGUAUCGUCUCCCUGUAUCUUAUUCUGGCGAUACGAUACGUAUUGCCAGAAUUUCACCAAUACACAUCACAUCCCUACUAUAAGCACACUCAUUCAGCUUACGCCUGAACUGAAUUGAGUCACGUUUACUUGAUGAUUAAACUUGUUUCCAUUCAUAACCAGAUUGUUCUAAUAUUGAUGUGCAUGUUUUUUAAACAGUUAUAUAAAAUUAUAACUAGAAUCUGUCGUUUUUAAACGGUCAGCUUGUUAAUUGCACUAUUAAAAUAAAAAUAAAUGAAAGUUUGCAAAUAAAAUGGAAUUUUCUAAGAUAAAUCUUAAAUAUCACACUGCAUAUUUUUCAAGUCCGUUUUACUCUUUGUAGUACUGCACAUCUUGAGAAGCACUUAAAAGAAAUUAUUAGUGACUCACAUUCACUAAAAAGCAUUUUGGUCUCAUGACGUUUAUGAUGCUUUCUGCUGCCCACUCUUCUGUGUGAACCAAAUGGCCUUCUGGGUAGAUAUACCAGGCAAAUGCCUUUAGUGUCUGCAGAAAUGAGGAGGUCAUUCAGAGCUCAGGGAAGAUGUGGACAAUUAUCUCACCCAAGUAAAAUGUCAUAUUUAUGUAAUGAUUUUAAAACUUUUCGUUUUGCUUUUUGUGUGAAGAAAAACUAAACUUUUAAUAUCCUAAAUGUUAGACACGAUUCAUUAUUUUACUCUAUCCCUCUAAAAGCUAUGGCUAUUAUUAGUUACAACUUCAAAUUUCUAUUUGCAAAUUAAAUAAAGUUACUUUUGUUAAAGUGCAAAAAAAAGUCUUCAGAUUAAAAGUCAGCUUUCUGUUUUACAGUUUUUGUGAAAUGUUCUGUUUAUCCAGCAGGGGGCGCACUAGAGACACAGAAGCCUCUAACAUGAGUGCCAUGAUGACAGAAAGAGCUCAGGAAGCCCCCAAAUGGGCAGCAACA